GAAGUGGGAUUCCUGGGCCAAAGCUGCAGGUUGCGGUUGCGGAGCCGCUGGCUUUGGGCGGAGAGCCGGACUGAAGCCCCACCUGGGGCGGCAGGAGCGACGGGAGCGACGGGACAGGCGGGGUGAAAGGGAAGCCAUGCAGAAAUCCGAGCACCCUGGAGGUGUGCAGUUGAGAAACAGAACAACGGGUAAUUAUGAUCAAAGGACAUCCUCAAGUGCACAAAUAAAACACAGGACCACAGUUCAGCAGAGCAAAUCCUCCUCAUUAGCUAGUUCUCCUGAGGCUGCAAGAAGGGUUCAUCCUCGGCCAAGUGACAAACUCAACCCUAAAACGAUUAACCCCUUUGGUGAACAAUCACGAGCUCCCUCUGCAUUUGCAGCUAUCUACUCGAAAGGAGGUAUUCCUUGCAGAUUGGUACAUGGCUCAGUAAAACACAGAUUACAAUGGGAAUGCCCGCCUGAAAUUCUUCCAUUUGACCCGCUUCUAAUUACUUUAGCUGAGGGUCUGAGGGAGACGAAGCAUCCUUAUACCUUUGUGUCCAAGGAGGGCUUUAGGGAAUUACUUCUGGUCAAGGGUGCUCCUGAAAAAGCUGUACCAUUGCUACCUAGACUGAGCCCUGUGUUGAAGGCAGCUCUGGUCCAUCCCGAUGACGAAGUGUUUGAGAGAGGACUGAGCGCACUCGUACAGCUAAGUGCAGUCGUUGGCCCAUCUCUGAAUGGCCAUCUGAAACUCCUGCUUACAAGUCUUUCCAAGAGGCUAACGGACAAGAAAUUCAAAGAACCUAUCACGAGUGCCUUGCAGAAGCUGGAGCAGCAUGGUGGGAGUGGAAGUCUUAUCGUCAUCAAAUCCAAAAUCCCCACAUACUGCUCUAUCUGCUGUUGAAUAAAGCCAUGCUGCUUCCUCAGGCACUAGCAGAGGCUGCAAUGACCCUCUCCUGAGUUCGGUUUACUCUGACUCCCAGCAUCGUUCAUUGGCUAACUAGGCUCGGAGGACCAUGUCCAAUCCAGAGGACUCAUUGUGCAAGCUGUUUGUCAACACAAAGCACAGGUGCUAGUGGAAGGCAAUUAAAAUACUUGUGAAAAAGUUGAAUUCUGUGAGAGUUCCUCAUCUUGGUCAUCUGUGUGAAUUUAUGGAUCAUAUCUAUGUGCAUAUUUUCCAAUACAUUUUUACUUACAGCCCUUCUAAAGAUCACUCUAUAGCUGGGCACUUAUUUUAUAUGUUGGUUUUGGCCAUUUCCUGGUUUUCAUAUUUAUCAAGAAUGAAAAAAAUUUAAUUUAGCAAGUAAACAUUUGUGACUUCCCUAUUAGCUAGGAUGUGCAAAUAUGUAUUUUAUAAUGUGAAAUGCUUGGGGGCAUCUUUUCCUUCCUCAAUAUUCUAGUUUAAAAACCUUGUUUUAAAUGUAAAAAUUCUAUUACAAGUAUAUUGUUUAUUACAACUUGUUAAAACUACCUAAACUUUAAGUGAAUAUUACUUUUACAUUUUGUACCCUGAAAAUACAGAUGAUGUACAUAUGCAGAUAUGCAGAAAUUAAAAUCUUAAAACGUA